UCUCAUCAUCCCUGUUCUAAUAAACUUGUCAGAGACAAACUUUGGCCGGUAUGGGCAAGGGCGUAUUUACCACAAGGCAAACAAGGCAUUUGCCUAGGGCGGCAUUUUUUAGAGAGGCAGUGCCACCCCUGGAAGAAGGGAUGGAAGAAGGGACACACGCAGCAUGGGGACCAGAUGGGAUCUGAGAGAGGCUGCAGGCUGCUUGAUGGUGUAUUCAGAGCCUGACUCUCAUUCCUGGGCGUGUCUCUUCUCUCUCACAGGGGGUGGUGGUAGUGGAAGGCUCUCUUGGGUGGGGGGGGGUGUUA